GAAGAUAAUGGCUCGUUUAGUUUCGGGAGUACGAACUUUAUUCCGUCGAUAUCCGUUCGUGACCAAUAGCGCCAUCUACGGGAGUCUGUAUGUGGGCGCCGAAUAUUCCCAGCAAUUCGUAUCCAAACGCUGGCUGGCCCCGGAGGCCGAGCGAGAGGAUAUCGAUUAUGCAACAAUAGGAAGAUAUGCUGUGAUGGGCACCGCGGUAUAUGCCCCAACACUUUACUUUUGGUAUAAAUGGCUAGAUCGUACUUUUCCCGGCACUACAAAAGUCGUCAUAGUUAAAAAAUUGGUACUGGAUCAGUUUGUAUUAACGCCUUAUCUACUGACUGUUUUUUAUGCAGGGAUGUCUAUGAUGGAGGGCAGUGAGGAUACUUUCCUGGAAUUGCGCGAAAAGUUUGUGCCGACUUUUGUGCGCUCCUGCAUUUUCUGGUUGCCCGCCCAGGCCUUGAACUUUUCCCUGGUGGCGCCCCGAUUCCGAGUUAUCUAUAUGGGUGUUUGCGGUCUGAUUUGGGUGAACAUUCUCUGCUGGACCAAGAGACAAAGUCUAUCAGUGGACGCGAAAGUAAAUGCAAUCGAAACUACAAAAACUGUAUCUUCCAUAAGGAAUUCCGAAACAUGAGAGGAUUACCAUGUAUAUAGUCUUAGAUAGAUUUUGACAAUGCUUUGGAAAAUAAAGGCAGUCGUGAAAAGUCCGACUAGAUGGUUGCUAUAGA